CGCAAAGAGGCAGCAUCAUCAGAAACCUGAGCAUUUUGCAGGAUUUGCAGCGGCAUAUCUUGUCGUAAUGGUGUCCCCGCCUCCCCCUCGCCCUGUCCAUCCCUUCUUCCAGCUUUCAUCCGCGCAAUCAAAGCGGAAGCGACAGGCUGGUCCUGAGGCAGGGGAUUCGGCACGUAGAGGACACAACAGUCCUAUUAGAACGGGCCAGGACAGCAAAGAAAACACUCCGUUUGGGGACCUUAGUGUAGAAUAUCCGUUAAAUGGUAGGGGGAAAACCGAUGAGACCCUUGACUCAACAGAUGAUGAAAGCGAAGUUGUUUUCACGCAUGCUUCACAAGCUCCAAGCUCGUUUGCGUCAAUAGGAACACCUUCAGGUCGCGCGUCCAGCCGACUUGGGCCCAAGCGAGUGCGACCCUCUUUCCCUUCCUCAGCAACACUCUCCUCCCAAGCCACAGCGUCGUCUUCGUCCAUGAACGAAGUCGUGGAUCUUUCCUCCGAUGCGGAUGAUUGGGAAGAUCGUAUUCCGGUAACUCGUUGCCCAAAGCGCCGUAUAGCUUCAAAAGAUGCCAUAGGAUCCCGCCCUAUGCUUUCCAAACCAAAACCACUGUCUAGAUCAACUUCAUGGACGGGGUCAAAGGGCAUAAACGAAAAAGAGGCGAUAGAGAUAUUAGAAUCGACACCUUCUCCUGUUGCGCUCAAAGUCCUUCCUGCACCCAAGAAUCUUGGUUUUGGCCAGGAAACUGGUAAAGCAGCUCACCCCUUCUUCACGCAUACACAUCGUCAGAGUCGGCAUGGCGCAUCGAACCCCUCACAAGAACGAUCCGCACCCAUGGCAGCUGAGGAUGUUAGCGUUUUAAAAACUACUGCGGCGCCUUUCGGACUGGACAAACAACUUCCAAAAAUUCAUUCGUUUUUCAGCAUGAGUACUCUGGAUAGGGCGCAGGAAAAAUUGAAGAACGGAUGGGGUAAAGAAGAAAGGGAAGCUCCUCUACCAAUGAGACCGUGGCCAAACCACAUAGGAGGCUACUGUGCUCCAGCUUCUGACCCUAGAUGGAAGGGAAAAAGGCGCAAACCAACACCCGCAGUGAAGGAUGAUGGAUUUUGGGAAGGUGUUCUCGGUCGAACGUCGACUCCUGUCUAUCAAGGGAUAACAUCAAAAGCAUAUGAAAUUCCCAUUUUUCCUCAUAUCGCUAAACACCCAUCUUUUUUAUCCAUUCCUUCCAAGUGCUCUUCAUCAUCUUCUAAUCGCGCUCUCUGGUCUGAUCGCUAUCGUCCUCUUCGAGCAUCCGAAGUGAUAGGUAACGAAGUUGAAGCGACCUACCUCCGAGAUUGGUUAUCUACUCUCGCCGUAGGUGGGCAACAUGCCAAAGGUUCAAAGAUUGUCAGACAGGUUGUAAAGAAACCGAGGUCGGCCUUGGUUGAUGGCUUUAUUGUGGAUGAUCUGGGACUCUAUGGGGACACACCUAAUUCUGAAGAGGACGGUGAAGAUGAAUUUCCGCACCUUGAAGAUCUCCCGGAUCCUCCCAUCUCUCAUGACCUCAACGCCCGUCCCGAUAAAUACCCUUCUUUGGCCUCUCACCUUGCCAACACCAUUCUCCUUACUGGUCCAACGGGUUCGGGCAAGACAGCUGCAGUGUAUGCUGCGGCUCAUGAGCUAGGUUGGGAGGUAUUUGAAGUUUAUGCGGGAAUGGGCAGACGGACCGCUGCGAAUUUGAUGAAGUGGGUAGGAGAAUUAGGCAAGAAUCAUACUGUCCUCCCGCAGGAUGGCAAGUCGCAAGGCACGAUAAACGACAAUGAGAAGAAGGGGAAGAGCAGGGGGAGAGGGAAAGGCCUCUCGUCAUUUUUUGAUAAGGGAUCAUUCCAGUCUAGCAAGGUUUCCUUAAGCCGGGGGAUUGCCAGUGAUCCGAUAGACAUUGAGUCUAACGGCGAGAGCGACAAGAUACCAGUGACUGAAGCUGCUAAUGUUUCUGGAGGAGAACCAGGGAUCAAAUUCAAAGAAUCAUUGCUCUUAAUUGAUGAAGCGGACAUCUUAUUUGAAGAGGAAGGGUCGUUCUGGCCAGCAGUGAUCGCUUUGGCAUCCGAGUCAAGGAGACCGAUAGUAUUGACUUGUAAUGACCAUCAGCGAAUACCAAGGAUUCAACUGCCACUCCAGGCAAUUCUGCAAUUCCAUCCCAUUCCGUCAUUCAUUGCCCUCCCGUAUCUCCAGGCUAUCUCUUCACAAGAAUCGCAAUUGCGCGGAAAACCUUGUAACCCUUGUGUAGAGACUAUUUUUCGAGGAGCUAUCCACCAAACGCCCGAAAAGGAUGUGCUUAGCGACCAAUGCUUGCCGCCUAAUGGACACGAGCGGAUACCAUUCUUUGACCUUCGACAAGCGAUGAUGCAACUGCAAUUUGGGUUGACAGAUCAAAUACUCCAGAGAGGCUGCGCAAAGAAAUAUGGAACCCCAGAUGAGGAUGAGAAAAAGGACGAUUUACAACUAAUGACGGAGAGGAUGGAAGUUAUCUCGUUCUCUGAUGCCUUCAUCGAUAUCCGACCUAGGGUAUUAAUGGAACUUUACGACGUCGACAAGCUGCAGCCAACUUCAGAUGAGGAACUGGAUGUCGCUGCCCUGUUGAAACCAGAAAUGUACGAGACGUAUCCCAUCCUAGCAAUGAUCGAUAGAUCUUCGGACAUUGCAGGUUCACUCGUCCAGGCCGUUGGUGGACACCUGCCACCUUUCGGUGAUCUUGGCCUUGCAAGGGCCAAGUACAUCCGCUCCAUGCUCCCCUUACUUGACCCCCUCAUCCCUCUAUCGGAACCUUUAUUGCCCCAUUCAACUCUUUUCCUUUAUACCCUCCCUACAAUGCAAAGUAUUAUUUCCGCUGACGACAUCUUUGAGGCGCUUGAACAGCAAGCUGUCGAUAGAGGCGACGAGAAAAUUAAUCCGAGAACGGGGAAGCCUAUGCGCCGGGUAGCAGGAUAUACAUAUACUAGGUAUUGGGAUUUGGAGGGAGCGGAAAAUGAGGCAAGGAGGAUUAGCAGAUUAAUUUGGUAGAAGUAACAGAGGUAACACGUCUGUAGCGAUAAUCAGUCAGAUUCGCAGUGCUUAUGUGUAGUAUCCGACGACAAAUGAUAUGCUGUAUUUUUUAGCUGGGUCUCAGAUCCGCGAGUAAGCAUCAUGUCACUCAUGUUAUAGUCAUGCUAUUCAAUCUUUGGCGAG